CGAAGCCAGACAGCGAUGGUUGACAUCAUGCGGCAGGGAACGCGCAUCCGCAUUGGGCGGCCCUGCUGCUGUGGGUGGGCCCGAACGGGGAAUCCGGAAGCUCCUUCGGCCGCGGGGCUGCAGCGGGGCUCCGGGGUCGCGGGCGAGCACGGCAUGGCUGAGCGCCGGAGGCACGUAUUUGUUGAUAAAGUGCUGAAGAGACUUUUUCCUACUACUUCAAGUGGUCAAGAAAAAACGACUUCCCAGACGCCAGCCUCCGAGAAACCAUGCAAGAGAGUGGCUCCUGAGACUGUGAAAUCCAAGCCUGUGCAGUCUUUGACAGAUAGUGACACUAAGACGCAGUCUGAAAGGCGGCUCUAUACUGUGAGUCUACCCCCAGAGGGGUAUUUGCCAGAGUCACACAGCUGCUUGGAUUCUGAGAAUAUCUCCACCGAGGAGGAUGUAGAAGGUAAAAAGGGGAAGAGGAAAGAUCAGGAUUCUCAUGAUCAACCAAAGAGAAGAAGAAUUAGAAAGCAUAAAUCAAAGAAAAAUUUGAAAAAUUCCAAUUUUGUUCAUGUAGAACAAGCAGAAUUAGAGAAACAUCAGAGUCUUUUACAAGAGAAAUUACAGCACCAGCACACAGAUGGCCCGUCAAUCAGCAAAAAUAAAAAAAGGAAACUGAAAAAGAAACGGCAGAUUAAAAGGAAGAAAGCAGCUGGCUUAGCAACAAAGGCUUCAGGUGUCAAUUUCAUGUACCAACCUGCAGAGAGCACCAGUGAGCAAGAAAAUGAAAGAGACAGUGAGGGAGAGGUUAGAGACAGCAGUGAGGAAGAUGUCAGAGAUGCCAAGGAGGAAGAAGCUGGAGACGCCAGUGAGGAAGAGGUUAAAGUCACCAAUGAAAAGGCAGAUGGCAUCCUAAGCUUGCUGAAAUCAAUGCAAGAAAUUUAUUUUUAUGAUGGUCUCUGCAAAGACUCAGAUUCCUCUGUGUGUGUGGAAACCACUGAGGAGCUGCUGCGGCUCCUGGAGUCUCACUGCAUGCCUGCCUCAGACGUGUUCGUUCUGGACCACAUGAAAACACUGUUGCUUUUGCAAGAUACUGAGAGACUGAAGAGUGCUCUGGAAAUAUUCCCAGAACACUGCAUGAUGCCUCCUGACCAUGCCAGAGUAAUCUCAGCUUUCUUUAAUUACUGGAUCACACAUGUCCUUCCUGAGAAAAGCAAUGAAUAAAAUCACUGUCUCUCUUUAAGAAGAGCUAAUAUUCAACAAGAAAAUAUAAAAGACAGAAAUGAAGCAGGCUGAGAAUUAAAUCUUAUUUACAAAGGUUAAUUCUCAGUGUUUUCUUUGCAACCCAAAUCCAGGGAACUUCAAAGACAAUUUUGCCAUGUUACUGAUUCCUGUCUUUGUAAAUAAUGAAUGAAACUUGAAGUCUCACCUGAAAUUUAAAAUGAGAAAUAAGAGUGAAAUUUAUAUUUUUCAUUUAUUUGUAAUUGCAUGUAUCUUGAAUUGAUUCUGUUUAAUUCCUGUAAAAAUUGAAAAUGGACAUUCUAUUAAAUUAAGCUAUAUGGCUUGAAGAUGUUAUAUAUUUUUAUAAAGUCACCUUGCAUCUUAGAAUCUUUGUUUUAAGAAUACUUUAUAGGUAUUAAAAUGUUCUAGUUUGGGCCUGCCUUGUGGUGCAGUAGGUUAAGCUGCCACAUGCGAUGCCAGCAUCCCAUAUCGGAGCGCCAGUUCGAGCCCCUGCUGCUCUACUUCUGAUUCAGGUUCCUGCUAAUGCACCUGGGAAAGCAGCAGAAGAUGGCCCAAGUACCUGGAACCAUGCUACCCAUGUAGGAGACCAGAAUGGAGUCCAGGCUCCUGGCUUCAGCCUGACCCAACUACAGCCACUUCAGCCAUUUGAAUGUUCCUUGCUGUGGAUAUAUGACUUUUUAUUUAUCCCUUUAUCUGUUGGUGGACACUAAAAAGGAUUGUCUCCCCAUUGUGAACAGUGCUACUGUGAAGACUUGUCGACAAGAUUCUGUGUGGAUGUUUGUUUUCCUUCCUCUGAAGAAUAGAAAUGCUGACUCAGUCUGUGUUCAACAUUGGAGGAACUGCUAGACUUUUCCGCAGUGCUGCACCAUUUUAUACUUCCCCACAUGCUCCACACCACUUGUAAUUCUCCGUUUUCUUGAUAGUAGCCAUCCUAAUCAGUGUGAGGGGGGUGUCUCAUGGUGGCUUUGAUUUGCAUUUUGCUAAUGACUAGUGAUAUUGAGUACCUUGUAAUGACUAAUGGUAACUGGGUAUAUUUUCAAGGGCUGUUGGCCAUCUGUAUAGCCUCUCUGGAGAAAUGUGUGAAUAUCUUGUCUGGAAAAAUGGCAUGGCACAUAUUCGUGAAUUGUGCUGUUAUUUCAUUAUAGAAGUUCUUUGUAUAUUCUGCAUAUUAACCCCUACUAGAUACAUGACUUGAAAUGUUUUCUCCCAUUCUGAGCCUUGUCCUUUCACUCUGAGUGGUGUCCUUUAUGCACUAAAAUUCUUAAUUUUAGUAAA